AUGGACGCACAACAAUUGAACGAAGAACAGCUGCAAGAGUUGUAUGCUUGGAUAGACCAGGUGCCUUUAAGUCGGCCUAAAAAGAAUAUCACUCGGGACUUCAGUGAUGGAGUACUUGUCGCAGAGGUUGUAAAGCACUACAUCCCCAAGAUUGUGGAAAUCCACAACUACAUCCCAGCUAAUUCAACCCAACAGAAGAUCAGCAACUGGGGAACACUAAACAGAAAAGUAUUUUCGAAGUUGAAUUUCCACAUCUCAGAUGACAUUGUCCGCAAGGCUAUUUCCAAUACCCCUGGAGUGAUUGAGCCUGUUCUUUACACUCUGCGGCAGAAGAUCGUUGGAAAGCUGCAAGAUAACCCUCAGGAGAGAGUCACACAGCAAGCCAAGGAGUCUGAAUAUUACAGCACUAAAACUGCUCAACCAAUUUAUGGCUCUGCUGCAGCUCUUCCUCCUACACAAGUGAAGGCAAAUUAUCAUCCAGAUUCCACUGGAAUGACCCAGACUCACACCCGAAGGCUGGACAGCAACUCGCAGCCGUUUGCACAUCUGGACCCCAGGGUGCGCUUACUGUUGGAGGAAAAAGAGCAAGCAUUGUUGGCGCUCCAGGAAACUGUUCAAAUACUACAGAUGAAGGUUCAACGUCUGGAGCAUUUGGUUCAGCUUAAGGACUUGAGAAUUGAAGAUUUAACAAGGCACUUAAGAAAAAAAUGACAGAUGAUAAUAUACACCAAAAAUAGGCAUAAAAAGACACUAUUCUAAAAGACUUACCAGGAUAAUACCAAAAAAACAAGACACAAGUAUUUUGUUUGGGAGAAGUUCAUUGGAUUUAUGAGCUGGAAAAACUAAUUGGAGCCCAUAUCCAAUGCUGCCACUGACACAUAAGACCUUUGUUCAAUCCAGCCAAAUAAUUUACUGUUGUAGGACUGUCUGGUAGAUGAUUGUCUUCAGCAUUCUGAGAGAGCUGGGGACACUUGUUCCAUAUAGAGUUUUAGGAUGGAUGUUACACUACAUACAUUAAUUUACUCUUAUGUUAGGCAAUAAGGGUCUAAAAAAAUCUGGUUAUGGGUAUAAGCACUGUGAGUAGUAAAUGAAACUAAUUAUACUAGAGUAGCUGCAGAACAAGAUUUGUAGAAUGAAAAAGCAAUAAACCAUAAGGUAUAUACUUACUAAAAAAAAAGCAGAAAAACUGAGCACGGGUGAAAACAAAGCAAGCAAAACAUUUAUUAAGACA